AGCUGGGGAUGGCGGCCGGGGGAGCUCUCGCCUGUUACCUGGGCUACCGGCUGUAUGAGCGCCGGGCCGGACGGCAGCCGGAGCCCCGGGGGGCGCGGGCAGUCGCCGAGCGCCGACCCGCAGGAGCCGGAGAGCCCGGCCCGGCCCAGGAACUGCUGCCCAUCCCCGUAGCGGCGGCUGCCAAGGAGACGAUCGCAGAAAGCAGAUCAGACCUUGAAGAUCUGGACCUUUAUGCAACUUCUCGAGAGCAACGGUUUCGUAUAUUUGCCAGUUUAGAAUUUGAAGGUCAAUUAUAUAUGACCCCAUAUGACUUCAUUCAGUCUGUUACAAGUGAUGCACCCAAACGUGCUAAAAAGUGGAGGUCCCUUUCAAAACAGGAUGCAGUAUUUGCUGCUGAAGCAACUGAAAAAGAUCCAUGUGGGGUCAAGAGAACAAGCACCUGUGUUCUGAUUUCACCUAGCCAGGAAUUGAAUCAGAAACUUAUAGAGACACCCCCAGUUUGGAAAGGAUCAUCAAAACUUUUCCGUAAUCUUAGAGAGAAAGGUUUGAUUUCCUACACAGAAUAUCUGUUUCUCCUUUGUAUCUUAACAAAGCCUCAUGCAGGUUUUAAAAUAGCUUUCAACAUGUUUGAUACUGAUGGCAAUGAGAUGGUCGACAAAAAGGAGUUCUUAGUGCUGCAAGAGAUAUUUAGAAAGAAAAAUGAGAAGAGAGAAAGAAAAGGAGAUGAAGAGAAACGUAUAAUGUUGCGCCUUCAACUCUAUGGAUAUCAUACUUCUACUAACAGUGUACUUAAGACAGAUGGAAAGGACCUUGUCCCCAGAAGCUAUUGGGAUACAUUGAGACGUAGCACAAGCCAAGCUCUCUUUUCGGACCUUGCAGAGCGUGCAGAUGACAUCUCAAGUUUGCUAUCUGAUACCACACUGCUUGUGCAUUUUUUUGGCAAGAAGGGGAAGGCUGAGCUAAACUUCGAUGAUUUUUAUAGAUUUAUGGAUAACCUACAAACCGAAGUUCUAGAAAUAGAAUUCCUUUCCUAUUCUAACGGGAUGAACACCAUCAGUGAGGAAGACUUUGCUCAUAUUCUUCUGAGAUAUACAAAUGUGGAAAAUACAUCAAGUUACCUGGAAAAUGUACGUUGCAGGAUCCCUGAAGAAAAGGGUAUCACAUUUGAUGAGUUCAGAUCAUUUUUCCAGUUUUUGAACAACCUAGAAGAUUUUGCAAUUGCAAUGCAAAUGUAUAAUUUUGCAAAUCGUUCUAUAGGACAAGAUGAAUUCAAGCGUGCUGUGUAUGUAGCUACAGGCCUGAAGCUUUCAGCACAUUUGGUGAACACAGUCUUCAAGAUCUUUGAUGUUGACAGAGAUGACCAGCUGAGUUAUAAAGAAUUUAUUGGCAUUAUGAAGGACAGAUUAAAUCGAGGGUUCAGGGAGACCCCAAAAUAUGGUUUGAAGGGUUACUAUGUUUGUGUGGCAACUGUAACAAGCAAACAUUUAAGAGAGCUCUGGAAGCAGUUUAGGAGUCGAGAUAUGCUAGGAUAAAAAAAUGAAGGAAAGAAAAAACUUCAGCAUUUGGUUGCUACUAUUUUUCCUAGAUAUUGUGUGUGAAAAACGGCAUAACACAGGUAAACUAUGUAUCUUUCACUUGCAGCACUAUGCACUGAAUCACCAUUGGGUUUUUUCACUUGAUUUGCUGAUCUAUUCAUGGAUUUUUUCGACCACUUUUUCAGUAUAUGUUUUGUUUUAAGGGUUGACUUACAGUGUCCUCUGGCCUAUAAAAAUGUAUC